AUGCCAACAAAAAGGCCGCAUCUACAGUUUGAAAAAUGGGCCAAACAGUACGGACCGAUAUACUCACUCAUCCUGGGAACCAAAAUCAUGAUUGUCCUGUCAUCGGAUGAGGCAGUAAAGGAUUUGUUGGACAAGAGGAGCGCGAUAUACUCGGACAGACCUGAUAUGUACAUUGGCCAGCGCAUCGCGAGUGGCGGCCUCAGACUUGUUCUCAUGGUGAGGCGUCCUUGUCUUCUACUGUACGGGAGCAACUGGCGGAUGAUUCAUCGCAUGAUACACAAGGCCUUGAAUAUCACGGUCGCUGCGACCUAUUUGCCCUACCAGGACCUUGAGAACAAAGUUCUUUUGACCAAUCUCCUAGAUACGCCUGACGACCUCUUGCCUCACAUUAGGCGUGCUUCAUACUCCCUUUCCACUCAGAUGAUAUUCGGGUUUCGGUGCAUCAGCAACCAGGACCCAAAGCUGCUCCAACUUUUCCAUGGCUUCGAUAAAUGGAGCGCCUUAUCUGGAAGUGCCAGCGCCCAGCUUGCCGAUCUCUAUCCUGCUCUCCAGAAUCUCCCUGAUUUCAUCGCUCCCAACGUCAGCUACGCAAGAAAGCUGCACCAAGCUGAGAAGAAGAUGUAUCUGGGUCAUUGGGCGAGGACAAAGCAGGCGAUCGUGGACGGUCGCGGACUCCCAUGCUUCUGUAACGAUAUCUACCGCGCGCAGUUGACCGAGGGAUUUUCCGAUGAUGCUGCAGGUUAUAUCAGUGGGUCGUUGCUAGAUGCUGGGUCAGAUUCCACCGCCUCGACCCUCUACGGCUUCAUCUUGGCAAUGCUCAUCUGGCCCAAUGUUCAAAAGAGAGGCCAGGAAGAAGUUGAUCGCGUGGUUGGGCCAGAUCGCCUGCCCACCAUGGAAGACUAUGACCAGCUGCCCUUUAUUCGUUGUUGCAUCAAGGAGACUCUGCGGUGGAUGCCCACGGUCGUUCUUGGGGUGCCGCACAACGUGACCAAGGAUGAUAGUUAUCUAGGCUAUCAAAUCCCCAAGAACUCUUCAAUCAUCAACAACGUCUGGGCAAUUCACAUGGAUGAAACGCGAUGCCCGGAGCCGCGAGUCUUCAACCCAGAUCGUUUCAAAGACAUUCCAUCAACCCUCUACCAAUCCGUCAUUGGAGAUGUUGCGAAGCGCGACAAUUUCGUCUUUGGUGCCGGACGUCGCCUCUGCCAGGGCAUCCAUAUCGCUGAGCGAAGUCUCUUCUUGGCCAUCUCACGAUUUUUCUGGGGGUUUAAUUUUCUCCCAACCAAAGAUGAAUACGGACACCCUGUCCAGUACGAUGCUGAAGAUUUGGUUGGGGGUAUCACUGUCCAACCUGCAGACUUUCCUGCCGUCAUUGAAGCACGAUCUAAGCGCAGAGCAGACAUCAUCAGGAAAGAGGCACAGGAGAGUGAGAAAUCGCUUGAUCCCGAGACUUUACAGUGGAUCAAGGUGCCAGAGGGAAUGGUGUUUAACAACGAAUAA